GAGGCGCUAUGGCCGUCGGUGGCUGUGAGAAGGGCCCAGUAGGAUGUUGUUGGAAUGGUUCGGCCCCCAAAAUAGUCUCAAUAUCUACGAUUCUGGAUAAGGAGACCUUGGCAGAGGAUCUGUAAAAUUUAUUCGCCCCUCAUGCAACAAUUUGACUGGUCAGAAGUAGCCUUAGCAGGCGUCAGCUAUGAUCCGUCCAGGCAGCAGGCCAAGUGGUGCUGGGCGAAAGAUGGCUCGAUGGUAUCGAGACUGGGAUGUGACCGGCUGAUUUCUCCUUCCGGACGUCACGAUGUUGUGAGCUUCUUUAAUAACUUGCUGACUCACAGCAGAUGCUCUGCUGUCUAUCGGGGAGUACGUGUUGUAGAAAAUAUACGGUAAUUUCAGGUCGGGUCAGCCUUGCGGUACAUACAGACUAGUGAGCUCCUCUAUCACAACCUU